CCGCUUGGGAGGACUCUUGACAGCCACCGGCGGCCGGGCGGAGCCGCGGGCAGAGCGGGGAACCGGGCGAGGGGGACAGCUCCGCUCCCUGCAGCCCAGUGCCUCCCGCCGGGGACUGCCCUGCCAGGCCAUGCCUCCGUGGGCGGCCGCCCUCGCCCUGCUGCUGGCCGCGCUCGUCCUGCUCCUCCUGCGCCCCUGGAAACGCGCUGUCGGAGCGCGAACCCCGGUCCGGGACCACGAGGAGCAGGAGGUGGUGAGCGGAGGCCCCGCGGAUCAGUUCAGCGACCGGCGCGAACCGCUCCCCGGGGGCUGCAGCCUCAUUUGCAAGCCGUCGGCGCUGGCCCAGUGCUUGCUGCGCACUCUGCGACGCUCGGCGGCGCUGGAACCCAGUCCGCGCUCCUGGCUGUCGUGGCCCCACCUGCAGACCUUCUGCCACUUCAUCCUGCCAGUCGGGCCCGGGCCUGAGCUAGCCCGUGAGUACCUGCAGCUGGCAGAUGAUGGGCUGGUGGCUCUGGAUUGGGUCAUAGGACCUUGUGCCAGGGGCCGCCGGGUCACCAACCCUGGGAGCCUCCCUCCCGUGCUGUUGGUAAUCCCCAAUGCAUGGGGACGCCUCACCCGCAAUGUACUGGGGCUCUGCCUGCUCGCCCUGGAGCGCGGCUACUACCCGGUCAUUUUCCAUCGCCGCGGCCACCACGGUUGCCCGCUAGUCAGUCCCCGACUACAGCCUUUCGGGGACCCGUCCGACCUCAAGGAGGCGGUGACUUACAUUCGCUUCCGACACCCGGCGGCCCCCCUGUUUGCGGUGAGCGAAGGUUCAGGGUCCGCGCUGCUGCUGUCCUACUUGGGGGAGUGCGGCUCCUCCAGCUAUGUGACCGGCGCCGCCUGCAUCUCUCCAGUGCUACGCUGUCGCGAGUGGUUCGAGGCUGGCUUGCCUUGGCCCUAUGAACGCGGGUUCUUGCUGCACCAGAAAAUCGCUCUCAGCAGGUAUGCCUCUGCCCUGGAAGACACAGUGGACACCAGCAAGCUCUUCAGGAGUGGCUCUCUGAGAGAGUUUGAAGAGACCCUGUUCUGCCACACCAAGAGUUUCCCCAUCAGUUGGGAUACCUACUGGGAUCUCAAUGAUCCGCUCCGGGAUGUGGACGAGGCUGCAGUGCCUGUGUUGUGCAUCUGCAGUGCUGACGACCCGGUGUGUGGACCUCCAGACCGCACUCUGCCUGCGGAACUCUUCCACAGUAACCCGUACUUCUUCCUGCUGCUCAGUAGCCAAGGAGGCCACUGUGGCUUCCUGCGCCCUGAGCCCUUCCCAGCAUGGAGCCACGAGGUCAUCUUGGAGUCCUUCAGGGCCCUUACUGAAUUCUUUCGAAUGGAAGAGAGAAUGAAAGGACUGAGCAGACGCAGGACUUCAUUUUUAGGGGGUCGGCGUCGCUGGGGAGGCCUUCAGAAGCAAGAGGUUUCCCCUUCUUCCAAUCUGGAGGAGGUUUUCAACUGGAAACGUUCUUACACCAGGUGAGGCUCGCCUGGGGAAACCCCUGGACCUUUGAGAAAGACCCCCACAAGGUAUCACAGCGAAGGGGAGGGCUCUGCACCCUUCCCUUAAACUGGACAAAGACCUUUCAACCUGAGCACACUACCUUAAGAAGAAUUGCCCUGGCUCUAAGAAACACUGCUCAUCCUGCUCAGCCCUUGGCCGCUGUCUCCUGUCAUCAAAGUCACAAGCAGAGUAGCAGCCCUGGAGAAGUCCGAGGACAGGAGAGAAAUUCUGGCUCUCCUAGCUGGGAGUCCAGGCAGGAUGAACUUAUAAGAGUCGAUGGGUGGUUCUGUCCCACAUAAACAAUCAUCUUGGUGA